AUGGACUUCGAAGGGCUGAGCGUCUUUGACCUUUCCAAGGGGACCGGUCCGAAGUCCUUCAGCAGGCAGCUACAAGAGGUACUCCACGCCUACGACGAGGAAAAGCAGAGCAGCUUCGCCUUAGAUGGACUGGAUCUGCUCGGCGCAUGUCAGCUGGAGGCCACUGUCACCUUUGCGCAAGACACGGUUCUUCAAAGCCUUGUGGGCACUCUCACGGUAAUCAGUUUUUCUUCGCCAGCGAAGCUCACAGAACGAAAUCUGGCAAUGCUGCAAAGCGGCGCGUCACCGCAUGGUCGGCGCUUCCUGGCUCCGAAUACUCGUUUCGGAUUUGCGAAAGACAUCAAGGAAUCCGGACAGAAACCCUUUCCAGAACAAGGAAUAUUGAUCAGCGCUCAUGUGUGUUCAUAUUAUAUAUAUAUAUAUAUUAUAUUAUAUAUAUGCAUAUAUAUAUAUACAUAUAUCAUCAUCAUCAUCAUAUAA